UAGUAGCCCCGCCAGGCAGGGGAAUCUUUUUUGCGACGCUCCAGAAAAAAAACAACCCUGUGCUCAAGCCGGAAGUGUGGCGUGCUUCAACCCUGCAGGUAAAACCCAAAUGAUGAUGCAGUAGCUUGCCUCUUACCUUUCUGGAAUAAACAAAGGCAUCAUGGAGCCAGGGGGGCGCAAGGAUAAGCAGAAGCAGAAGGAAACACCCACUCGAGCAGACAAGACGAAGCAGAAAUCUGCUCAGCAGGAGCAGAAACAGAGGCAGAGGGCUGAGAUCUAUGCCCUGAACAAAGUGAUGACAGAACUGGAGCAGCAACAGUUUGAGGCCUUCUGCAAGCAGAUGCAGUCCAAAGGGGAGUGACUGGAGCAGGGCUCGGGGACCUGGGCUCACGCAAUGCUCUGACUCGAGACCCUGAUGGCUUUGUAAGUGACAGUUGCUGCCAAUGGAUUGGCUCUGGUAACCUUAACCAUUGACCGGAAUGAAAGUGGGGUGGGCAUCCGAAGCUGUGCAGCCAUGCUAAAGUCCCGGAUGCCACACGCUUGUAAACAAAUACUCACGCCAGUCUUGGGAUUGAAUAUGUCUGUGUGAUGGUUGGUCAUUGGGGAGGUUGGGUUCAGAACAAUGAAAAAAAUGUAUACAAGUGGGUAUAAUUUAAUAGUUGAUAAUAAUUUUUUAUACAAAUUAAACUUGACUUUUUCCCAUUAAUGUAUCAGAUAGGAUUAUUAAAUAAAACAUAUUCUUGCACAAAGUUGUUCCUGUUUGGGUGAAGCACUAAUUUAGCCACAAUAUUUUUAUGCAGUCCUUGUAAUUUAUUGCCCCAAGUACCAACUCCUUAUGAUUUUUGAAACCUUUUGUUUGUGUAUAGACUCUUUUACACGUAGCAAAGUUUAAAUGAAACUACAGUAUUAUACUUAAAGGAGUACUAGGAAGCCAGCAAAAAUGUAUAAUGUAACAAAGCCAUUGUCCAGUUUCACAAUUUGGUAGUGAAAAAUUAACUUGAGGCUGCAGCAGACACAUGAAGUGUAACAUCCAUAAAGCCUCAGUUUUGGAGGGUCUUGUUGGUUGCCAAGUUUAUUUAGAAGUUUUGUUUACUGCCCUGCUUAGGAGUUAUAAAGCUGACAGUAAAGCUGGUCUUGGAUUUGUUCCCUUUGCUUGCGUGCUUACCUUGCAGUAAGAAAACAAUUCUGGGAUUGGCCCCAAAAUUGAUGCACAAGUGUAGGGAAUGUUGUAGGCUCUCCUUUCAGAGACAGCUGUUGGUCUGCCCCAUCCACGUUUGUAUAUGGAGCUGGUAGAUUUGUAAUAAAUGGUUGGAAAUUGAACUCAAAAGUAAAAUGACAGUUGUUAUAUCAGAGAGAGGGCCCUGAGGUCUGGGCUAGAAAGCCAGAUACACAGGGUUGGGGUUAGUGGAGGAUGAUUGUCUCGCAGGACAAAGGUGCUGGCACACACCUCCUAUAAAAAAAAAAAAAACUAUUUUAAUUAGAAACAUGGUGUGACUAUUAAAUAAAUACUCCCCCCAAACUUAUCCUUAUACUAAAAGUAUAAAUAGAUUUAUAACCAAGUCUAUAACAGGUAAGUAAAUCGGUCUAGGGUUAGGGUUAGAAGCCUGAGCUGCAGCUCUGUGACCUUCAGAUUGGAUUUACAGCUCGUGGCUGUGCAGGCAGUCGGUUCAUGUGCGGCUGCAGAUAGAAUUCUAAAGUGUCCCAGGCCUCCCUGUAGUUAAGACCAUUGGGUUUCCUCAUCUGGGAACUCCUGUUAAUUAAAUUUUACCACUGAAAAGUAAGCUUUAUAUACUGAAAUUUUUUAAUUAAAAAGAAAUGUGUCAAAACAUAUAACGGGAUUAGAAACACUAUACCCAAACAAAGAGGAGACAGAAAUAAAAGGGUAUGUGUACUGUGGAAUUGAUAAUGCCAUGUUACGUGCAAUUCCCCUCAAAAAGACUACAUGUUAUAUGUUGAAACUGUUACAAACAAUUGGGACAGUUUUUUCUUUGCUGCAAAUAAAUUUUACCUUGUUCCCCUGUUGUGUUUUUUGGAGACUUUAAAAACCAGAGAAUGUUAGCACAUUUACUGUUAAACUGCAGGGAAACAGAAUUUAAUUGUCAUUAUUUUUUAAUCUUUCUGCAUCAUUAUUUUGGUUUUCCCUUUAUGACUUGACAACAUUUAACAGCUGUGUUGUCAUGCACUGUUGCUAGGGCUGUUACUCUCCCAGAAGGCAUGAUGUGCCAUGUCACUGAUGCUAACACAUUACGCACCACAUUCAGUGCAGCACCUGUGGUUAAGGACUCACCUCAAGAAACAUGGCGUAUGAGCUCUUGGUAGUUUAGUGUCAUUUGGUCUUCAACCCUUAGCUAUUCACAUUCUGACUUUUAACUAUUCAGUGUCUCUCGAUUAUCGACAUCUAGCAGCUCUCCAGUUGAUAUCGUUGACAAGUCAGUGCUUUGGUUUUAGUAACAGUUUAGCUGGUUUCUGUUAUCGACUCUUGCUAUGAGCAUCUUGAACACAGUACAUCUUCCAUUCCAGUUAACCCAAUUCUAGCAGAUGGCCACAUUUCCAGUAGCCAGCAGACAGUUCAGGAGGGUAUGUUGGAACUGAAAAAGCUUGUGGUGGUUGUCCACUUUUUCCAAGCAGUUAUCCUAAAUAAACUGACGUGCAUAACGUGUAUUAACUAUAAACUAGACACCUCUAGGUCUGGAGAAAAAAUAUCCAGAAGCUUUACCCUGACUAUAAGCACAUUUGUUGCUGUGUGCUGGUUGGUGUCUGUAUGCUUUAGUCAAGCUACCAAUGAACAUGUAUUUUUCAGACUGUUUAACAAAUAUGCUGUUUUUCUAAUAUUAACAUCAUGAUAAAUUCUGAUAACUCUUUGUUGCUGUAGCUUGUAAUUUUUAUUUUUUAUAAAGGAUUAGAAACAAA